AUGGCCUCUCCUCCCUGGUUGUUGUCUGCCACCGAGGGUAAUGACGACGGCGCCGCUGGCGACGAAAACGACAACGGCGCGGGUAUAGAAGACUCUUUUGCAGUUAUGCGCAGCGAUAUGUCGGGCCGUGGGAGGAAGACGGCCGAGGACAAGGCGGCCAUUGUCGACGACGGCGAUGCCGAGGCCGGCGCGGGAGUGGUAAUCGUCAGUGAAGAUGAUGCUGCCGCGCCCGCGAGCGUGUCUGAGGAGGCGAACCGGCGCAUUCGCCGACUGCUCGACCGGCGAGUCCUCCCGCUCGUCUGCUGCCUCUACGUCCUGUCGUACCUCGACCGCGGCAACAUCGGCAACGCAAAGACGGCCGGUGCGAAGCGCGACCUGGGGCUCGACUCGUCGCAGUGGGCGUGGGUGCUCAACGCCUUCUACGUCUGCUACGUCGCCUUCGAGUGGACCACCAUGUUCUGGAAGUUCUUCCCCGCCCACGUCUACGUGUCUGUCCUCUGCCUCUGCUGGGGCGCCGCGGCCAUGAGCUCGGGUGCCGCGCGCAACAUGGCCCAUCUCGUCGUCGCCAGGGGCUUCCUCGGUGUCUUCGAGGCAACGUUUGGGGCGGGAGCGCCCUACUUCCUCUCGAUGCUGUACCGGCGCAAGGAGCUCGGCUUCCGCAUGUCGCUUCUCGUCGGCAUGUCGCCGCUCGCCAACACCUUUGCGUCGAGCCUGGCGUACGGCAUCACGCAGAUUCGCGGCUCUCUCGCACCCUGGCGCCUGUUGUUUAUCAUAGAGGGUUCCUUGACGGUACUCUUCGCCCCUGUCGCGUAUUUCCUCCUCAUAGACUCUCCGUCGACGGCCCCGUUCCUGUCUAAAGAAGACAAGGUGCUCGCCGUCCAGAGGCUGCAGCUCAAGGACUCGACCGCCAAGGGUGGUGUCAAGUGGAAGCAGGUCGUGGCAGGCUUCUCCGACUACAAGAACUACGUGCACGCGCUCAUCCACUUUUGCGCCAACUACUCCUUCUCGGCGCUCUCCAACUUUCUGCCGAGCAUCGUCAAGGACCUGGGCUACGACUCGGUCAAGGCGCAGGGGCUGACGGCGCCAGCGUAUUUUGCGGCGUUCCUGGUGUGCGUGGCGGCUUCGUACGCCUCGGACAGAUUCGGACGGCGAGGCCUCAUCGUCGCCGGGACGUCUGCGCUGGGCGUCGUCGGCUACGGGCUGCUGGCCGCGGUGCAGGACGAUGCCCGGGCCGGGACGCGGUACGCGGGUGUCUGGCUGGCGGCGUGCGGCGUGUUCCCGGCGCUGUGCAUCAACGUCACAUGGGUCCUGAACAACCAGGGCGGCGACUCCAAGAAGGGCGCCGGCCUCGCCAUAUUCCUGACCAUCGGCCAGUGCUCGUCGUUUAUCAGCAGUGUUGUGUUUCCCGAGAGCGAUGCGCCCUUUUAUACAAAGGGAUGCGCCAUCGGCUGCGGGCUGACGGGCGUCAUCCUCGUCUGCUCGCUGUGUAUGAGCUUUGCGCUCAGCAGGGAGAACCGGCGCAGGGACUUGAUGUACGGCCCCGUGGACCCCAACGUCGAGGUCGACGUGACGAACGAGGGAGACGCGCAUCGCAAUUUCCGGUACUUGACGUGA